AUGGCGGGUUUGUUCGACUUGAAAGGCCACUUGGUGUUCUACCGGCUGUACCACUUCAACCACACCAAUGUUGCCAUCCACUUGGCAUGCAUCCCCGUGAUCUUGUUACUGGCAAUCACUUUACUCCAGCGGUAUGAAGUCGUCGGCCCGGCUCACCCCUACGUCACUCUCGGCGGGCUUGUCGCUUGGAGUUACGGCAUCUACUACGUGCUUCUUGACUGGAAGUGUGGUAUCCCCCUGAUGGCGGUGCUUGUGACGUUCUACAACUUCAUUCGCCAGUACUAUAUCGGCCAAGAUGCCGCCGGUCAAUCUCACACCAUCCAGGUGGCGGCCAUUGCUCAUGUGGUGCUGUGGUUAGCUCAAUUCUAUGGUCACGGCGUCCACGAGAAGCGGGCUCCAGCAUUGUUGGACAACCUUUUGCAGGCAUUGGUGUUGGCGCCGUUUUUUGUGGCGUUUGAGAUUGCGUUUGCCUUAGGGUUGAGAAAAGAUCUUAAGAAGCAGAUGGACAACGAGGCCGGUAAGAGAAUUGCUGAGUUUAAGCUUAGAAAGAAGGCUCAAUAA